GAACGGGUCAAUUCAUAGUUAAUCAAGUUCUGCAAUGAUUAAUUGCUGAACCAUAAACCACUAAAUUUUUCAGUUCUCCGAUCUAGUUUUGUAAACACAGUCCCCGGUAGGGGUGGGCAUUCGGUCGGUUCGGUUUAAACCAAACCGAAUUAGUAUAUGUCGAAUUUCCGAAUUAGCCUGCACCCCAACCGAAUUCAAACCGAGCUAUAUUCCGUUCAGUUCAGGUUACCUACCUAUCCCGAACUUCCAGCCCCCUCCCUCAAAUCUCUCUCUGCCAUUAAUCCGCCUCCCACUCCCACUUUCCUCUGCCCGUCAAACUACUCCCUCCAUCUCCCUCUGCUACUUUCCCUCAAAUUUUUCUACCAUUAAUCCUCCUCCCACCUCCUCCUCUUCCUUCUCUACUCUCCAGCGCCGUCCAGAAUCACCGUCGACCAACUCUCCCUUCCACUCCUCUCUCUCUUAUCUUCUCUCCUCUGCGACUUUGACCGCUGCGAGGGUGGAGAGAGAUGAGGCGCGCCGCCGUUGCAUGCCACAAUGGAUCUGGAAUAGGGUGUCGCCGCCGCCCGCCGCAGACGAGGCGCCCCGCCGUUGCAUGCCGCCGUGGAUCUCGGAUAGGGUACCGCCGUAGACAACGACAUGACACAGCCAAUAUCGUGAACGGCAGGAGCAUAUAUAGAUCCCGCCUUAGUAAAUCCAUUAUGUUUUUGUUUAAUUCAAAUGUUUUGUAUGCUUUUGCCAAUCUGUGAUUUUGUUUUUGGUUGGUUUUCUGAGUUUGGUCGGCGAUGAGAAGAGAAGGGAAGGUGAUGCACUCCAGUGGCCGGCGAGAGGCAGCCGUUGGCGGCAGUUCAUGUACGGCAGGGGAUGGCGAACGCAACGAGGAAGGACUUUGGAAGAAGAAGUGGAGGAUUUUUGGUCUGGGCUAGGGUUUUAGUGGUAGACUAGAAAGAGUGGGCUUGGGUUGUAUGUGUUUGUGGGCUUCUAAUUGUUGGUUGUGUGUGUUAGAGUGGGCUUGUAAUUGUAGGCUGUGUGUGGGAGUCUGGGAGGGGGAUGAAUUUCGGUUUGUUCGGUCGGAAUUCGGAAUAUCGGGUUCGGUCGAGCGACCCUGGUUUCCGAAGUAUAGAGUUUUGCCUUCUGAAUUUCGAACCGAGUUACAAUAGUUUGGUUUCGGUUCGGUUUUGGUUCGGUUCGGGUUUACCGAACCGGAUGCCCACCCCUAGCCCUGGCCCAACCAAACAGCUCAACUCCAAAACGUCUGCGUUUCAUGACUAUUCAACCUAAAAGGCUAAAACCCUUAUGCUUCCAAUAAAUCAACGCAGAAGAUCAGCUGUUGUCCAAAACCCUUCAUCCUUGAACUCAGCUUUCGCGAAAUCCCUAGCCACAUCCUAAUUCCACAGUCCGCCAAUUACCAUGGCCUCUCAGGCAGCCAGAGGCGGUGUUUCGCUCCCGGAGAAGCGUCCUCCCAAGCGUCAACAGCCCGACUCCGACACCAUCCUCGCGAAGCUAACCAACUCCGAGAUCGUCUCCAAGGGCAAGCGAGCCGCGUGCGACACCGCCUAUGUCACCAAGAGACUCCUCCGCAGCACCGGCAAGGCGGCUUGGAUCGCCGGGACCACCUUCUUGAUCUUGGUUGUGCCGUUGAUCAUCGAGAUGGAUAGGGAUCAGCAGCUGACCGAGCUCGAGCUCCAGCAGCAGAGUCUCCUCGGAGCACCGCCGGUUGGUGCGCCUCAGAAGUAGUGGUCUGCCCGCCCCCCUCAUUUUGAGUGUCUGGUCAGGUUAGAGACGCGGUUCAUCGGAUUAUGUUGGGAAAUUGGGAAUUUUGAGCUGAAUAAUUGGCGGUAUUAGUCGUGAUUGUUGUACUAUUAUGCUCAUACUUGAUCAUAAUGCCAUUCCAUGGUUUUGCAAAUUACCUUGAUUGCCUUGUCCCUGUCGACUAGUGAUUGCGUUUUCAGAUCCCUGUGGAUCACUGUUCUGUUGGUUUGAACUUUGAAGUGAAUGUCAAACAAUGCGUAGUACUUGAGCUGAAUUUGAAUGUUAUUUCAGUUGAUUAUAGGUUUCGGAUAAAUCUUUUCGUUCGUUCUAUCUUGUUAAGUUACGAACUUGACAAUGGCGGCGCUGAUCUUUGCAUUAGUUUAGCAAGCCUGUUUUUUAUCAGGGCUCAACUGCUUUACGAUCAUGAUUGCCUUCAUAUCCUUGUGCAUCAGUGUUGGUGUGAAGGCAGUACUUGAGCAGACUGCUGCGGAUGGAUGAUUAUCCUAAGUGAAGACUGGACAGUGACAGACUAAAUAUGUGCUUAUGAGCCAGUUCAUACUCUAGGUUUCCUUUCCUAACAAGAAGCACAGUUAUCCAUAGCUUGGUGAGAAGGCCUCCAUACCAAAUUGCUUGUAGAGAAACAUAUCUUGAUUAUGGAAACUGUCUCUGCUGCAUUCAAUUUUGUUGUUCAACCCAUCAGAGAUGCUUCCUUUCUUGAAGCGGAAGAGGUCGGAAAUCAUCGACUUUGGAUUGUGUUCUCCUCUUGCAAGGUUCUUCUUGGUAAGUUUGGAGGAUAAUCUGAAAUCUAGAUGCAGAGGUCUGAGAAAUUCAAGUAUUGCGGGUUGGUUGCCUCUCUCUGUGUUGAUUCUGUUUACUGGAAGGUCCAUGCGGUUUCGAUUCAGCAAUUAUAUUAGGUCUGGUCAGUAUGAGGUCUGCUUUACAGCUUGUAUGCAUACUGAUGAAUUGCAGAUUGACCCUUGUUGAUUAAGCAGUCAAAACUCUACACUGUGGGCAUGUACUUUUCUUUGUUAGCAAUCAUGGUGGACUUGCUAAAUGUGUAGAGAAGUGAUUGCUAAUAUUUAACAAUUUCAAAAAGUAUGACUGCUAACACAUCAAAGUGGGGGUUCGGUUUGAUUGCUAACAAAAAACCAAGUAUAAUCACCGUGGAAGACUACAAUAAAGUGGGUUUGGUUUAAUUAGACUGAAUACCGACAGGCGACCAACCUUCACUUGUAUAGAAUACUAAGAAAAUUCACAUAACUCUCCUCUAUUUAAAAUAAAUUCCAGUAUUCUCAAAUAACUGAGGGUGGGGGUGGUAUUUACAAUAACUAGUUUUUGAGUUAUUUGUAAAUAACUCAUACCAUAAUAACUCAUCACACUUUUGUACACCCAAACGAGUUAUUCUGAUUGAGUUAUUUGGAUCAGAAUAACUCAUGCAAAUCACUCAUCGACCCCUUAACACGCAUCCUCAGAACAUGUUCCAAAGCAGCAGGGAUGCAAGUGUUGACUCCCCCUCCAAUCAUGGAUGAUUACCAACCUGAUGAAAGAUGAAAAUGGAGUUCAGUUCGACAUCUUGUUUUUGGAACUUAUGGAAGCAGCGCAACGAGAAAGUAAUGGAAGGAUGAACCUUAUCCCAUGAAGGUCUCCUACAUCGAAUUAAAGUUUGGUUUAAUAUUGUUAAACAUCCAACUGUCUGUGAGAAUAGUGCAGCAUAAGGGUUGUUGUUACUUGUUAGCGUGGAGGACUGGUUAUAAGAAAGUGAUGCUAAUUUUGAACUCAGCUAAAACUGUCGCCAUUAUAAAGAAUAACCAAGACA